AUGGCGCCGCCACUCACCAUCUCGAUCCAGACCUUCUCCGACACUGUCUGCCCCUGGAGUUACAUCGGCAAGAAGAAUCUCGACAAUGCGAUAGAGGCAUACAAGGAGCAACAUCCCGACGUUGAAUUUUCGGUGACCUGGAACCCGUUCUACUUACACCCAAACGCCAAGAUCUCCGCAUAUAACAAAAAGAAAUACUACGCCUCCAGGUUCGGGCCCUCAGGGGCCGCAGCGAUCUGCGAGCGGGUAAACAACUCGGCGGCGGCGCUGGGGCUGUCUAUCAACUGGGACGGGAUAUGCGGCAACACUCGAGACUCACACGUUCUCCUCCUCCUCGCUCAAAAGCUCCAACAGCAGCAGGACGAGGAGGGCGAGGAGGAGGAGGGAGGUGACAGCACCGCCGCGCACAAGGCCCGCGACAACCUCCUGCGGGACACACAGGAUACGCUGUUCUACGGGGCGUUCGACCGCGGCCAGGACAUCAGCAAUCGGGGCUUCCUAGUCAAGGUAGCGCUGGAAGCCGGGCUUUGCGAGAGCGAGGAGGAGCUCCUGGCGCACCUGGACAACAAGGAGGCGCGGGACGAGGCCGACGGGCUGGACAGCUACGCCAAGGAGGUGGUUGGCAUCACGGCCGUGCCGAGUUAUGUCGUCCAGGGGCGGUACAGGAUCGGCGGGCAGCAGUCAUCUGACGUGUUCCUACAGUUGUUUGACAGGAUUAGGGCGACGGAGGUGGGUGAGUAG